AUGAACCGAUUCCGCAAACACAAGAAGGCGAAGGAGGUCGCGGAGGAAGAAGCGACAUCGCCAGGAUUCAGCCUAAAAUCAUCGAAGAAGAAGGUGGUCGAACCGGAACCCAAACUAGAUUUCGACCUAUCAGCCGCACUCCCGCCGACAGACAACUUCCGCACCAGUCUGCUAAUGCCCAAGUUGUCCGCUCGAUUUAGCAUGCUCAAGGAACAGGACGACCCACUCUCAAUGCUAGGCAAGGCUAGUGAUGAUAGCGUUCUAUUUCCCAAGCGCGCUUCCCGACUCAAUUUGUUCGGUCACAACCCCGCCAUGCUGACAGACAUUGACGAAGUUUGCUCCAAUGACGGUAGCCGACCAUCCUUUGCACUUGACCGCACUUCUUUCGCUUCCGGUGGGGACGGCUAUGGUACGGACGACGAUCGAUCCCAAACGGGCAGUAUGAUGAGCAGAGCCCGUCGCGCCGAGGGCAAUAAUCUGUUUGGAGGUCGCCAAAAGAUUUAUAAGAUUCCGGUCAGAUCGCCAGCGGCAACAACCCCCGAUACGCCCGACGCUGGUCGCUGGGGAAUGGGAAAGCCGGUCUAUGAGCAUGACUUGAACCUAUCUGCGUUUCAGCGAUUGCGUCUCAAGGAGAAGGAAGAGAGAGCGGAGGCCGCGGCUGCCCGGGAAUCUGGAUAUGCCGCCUCAACUGCUUCAUCUAACAGCCGACUCACAUACUCCUCCACCGCAUCUGGACCACUGUCAACAGUCCCAACAUCAACUGUAGGAACCUCCGCCGACGAGUCACCGUUGACCACGUCCCAAGCCCCAGCGACGGGCUAUCCGUUCCCCGAAACCCUCCCUGAGGACUCUCGACCCGGUCCUGGCCCCAUGUCUGGCCCGCGCAAUGGCUCGGUUCGGAGCCGUCGUCUCUACGGACAAGGAUUGACACAGGCUGUUCAGAGCCAGCAGAGCUCGACUUUGAACCGCCUAGAGAGUCUGAGUCGCCAGCGUGCUGGCACUCCAGAUAUUCCCUCUUUGAACCGUAACUUCUCCAAAAGUGCCACCAACCUAAGGGACCACCUGAAGCUUGCGAUUGUCGAGCCGGCUUCUACCACAGGCCCGACUAGCCCUCCUCCAUCUGCAACAUCAUCAAAGCCACGAAUGUCCGGAGAAGCCGGGUUCAAAGACCAUCUCUCGCCUAGCACAGCAACGUUUGGGGCUCCUCCCCUGAGCCCUCCCACAAGCGAGAACAACGACGUUCCCUCACUGUUGGCUGCCUCAAUUAACCCAGAUGAUCAUGGAAAGGCUACCGCUAUGGGCUUGUUCCACCGGCCUGCCACUGGUUUUGACGAGCAGGCAUUCUCCCGCCGCCAACUUCAAAUGCACCAAGGCCGAGAGACCCCGCCCCCUCGCCGCGCAUCGCCUCCGCGCCGACCUCUACCGGCUGAACCCGUGGGCCGUGCUCGGGGACUGUCGAAGUCUAGCUAUCGUUCCACAGCAGAGUCGGCCUCAUCUCACUAUAGCAUCGAUCCUUCCUCCAGCGUUGAGGCUUCUCCCUUCAGACCUGGAGUGAGGACUUUCUAUGCUAACUCAAGUGCCAGCGAGUCUGGUGAUGACGGAGAGAGACCUUCCUCGCGUGAACUGUCAUCUCUGGCUAGCGAGUACGGUCCGCCGCUUCAGCAGUCCAGUGUGGGAUCUAACAAGCCAUCAACUUCCACAAAGGAUCAUCUCGAAACGCUUCCCGAAGUGAGAUACUCCGACCUAGGUGAUCUUAGACCUAUUGACGAGGACGGCCUUGACUUCACAAUUUCUUCCCCCGUAGUCAGCGAUAACACACCCAAACGACCUGACUCACCAACCCUGGAACCAGAUCAAGGCUUUGGUGGAAUGGGGGGACUGGUUCGAUCUCACCUACGCCAGGAAAGUGAGAUGUCUUCUAUCUUCCCUCCUCCUUCACCUCGCUCGUCAGAGCACCAAAAUGACAAACAUUUUCCUAAGACCGGGACCCCCCAGCCACCGAACGGUCUUCCUACGAUAACACAAACCCGUGAUGAAAGUCGGUCAUCAUCAAGAACCCGCCCAGGAACAUCGAGCUCGCGAUCUCCUUCUGGACAUUCUGUCGAAGGUGCAGGUUCUCGAAACAGCGCAGGGUCAUCCGCACCUGGAACUAUUGCUGACACACCUUUAUCGAACGGCCCGUCCUGGAGGGAGGAAUUAGAACUUCAUCAUCGCCGUCAUGGCAGCACCGAGACCCAAAGGGAACGAGAGGAAUUCGCCAUCGAGCUGGCAGAGAGACGUAGAAAGGUGCAGGAGAAGCUGCGUAGUGUCGCUGAGAACGAAAGCCGAUCCAGCAGCCCCAACCCGGGCCGGUCAACCCCAGAAUUCUCCCGGGCUGGUAACGCAUUUGCCAUGUUGAAGCAAAAGUCUAGUAAACAAGCUAGCACAAAGCCGGAUCAGAAGAAGUUGUUUGGUUAUGUUGGUGGCAACUCGUCUACGCCUGCUCUCUCAGAUGGCUCGUGGCGCGAAGAGGAGCGACCCUCUUUUAGCUUCGGCCAGCACCCCAACUCCAGCUCUCCCCACAUUGGAUCAGAGCGUUCGAUCCGUUCUCGUAUGCCAUCUAUCAGCCGCGACAACAGCUACGAAGAAUCACGCGAGUCAAGCCGCAGCCGUGGCGACUCGCCUUUCCGAGACCGUGCAGGCUCGGAUGCAUCAGGCCGGUCUAAGAGUCGAACAAGACUUCGGGAUGAUCUUCAAACUGUGAACGAGGGUCCAAUCGAGAAAGGCUCUGAGCCUCCUCUGCCCGUCUCGCGUCCGACAUCGAGUCGCCCAUCAGCAGAAAUAUCCGACCCUAUGAGUUUCGAACGCACUUCCUCUGUUGCUUCGGGCAGACACCGCAGUAGCAGCCGAUCCGGCACACCAAGCUACCAAUAUGAACGGCCCUUCCAGUUCUCGUCCAACACGUCCUCAAUCAUCGGCGCCUCGCCUCGGGCCCCACCCGCCGCGCCGGGCUACUCUGCCAAUGCGACUCCUCCGCUGAACGAAAUGCCAACAGACGGCUCGUCUACAUCCCUGGCUUCUUCGUCCAGCGGCUCGCAGAAUUCUCAACGCGCUUUGGGAUCUGCGUCCCUCACCAAGCGCCCCGUGAACAAAAGGCUGAUUUCCGAGCCUACCUUUCUCUCAUCCACAGCAAGUGUCCCUCUCGUCGGUCUCCCACCCGGAUCCGCGCUGCCUUCACCCGUCAGCGCACCCCCAGUGCCACCUAUGAACCCCCGCCGUCGCCGUGGAACCGCCACCCAAACCAUCUUGGGUGCGUUCAAGAUCGACAAGACCGAUUCUUCACGUGUCUCGUCCCCGGCCCCGAGCGCCGAGGACGAACACAGUGUCUUCCCAGAUGAUGAGAAACGCCCGCGCUCUCGAAACCGUCUCCGCAAGACUUCCAGCGAGGGCGGUAACCUGAAUGCGCGCGCGCGCCAGGAAUCCAUGGCGGACAUCCCGCCGGCUGUUCCUCAAUAUCCGCCUCCCGCUAUCCCCGCCGAGGGAGGCAUGUUCUAA